AUGAGGAAGGAUUCGGUGGUGGAUAAUUUCGCAGCUGCAGAGAUGGACCAGUUCUUGUCUGACUUCUGGCCACCCCUGCCUUUGUAUUUGACAGUGGGUGAGAUGGAUAGAGGGGUAACGAAGGUGACAGAGUGGCAGGAGACAAGGUACGGAAUCGACUCGGGCAUCCAGUCUGGAGCCAACACUAUCAGAGAUGAUGACGGCGACUUCACCACCACCAAGCAGUACACCGUGACCACCAGUGUCACAACCGAACCGCCUGACUCCCAGUACGUGUUGACCAGAGGGCAGCGGGUGAGGGCUGCCAUGUUCCCAGAGACGCUGGAGGACAGCACCACAAUCUUGGCUACGACCCAAACAGAUCCGUCCCAGCUGACUAACGUCCAACGACUGGCAGAGCCCUCCCAGAUGCUGAAGGCAGCAAUCGUUCAUCUGAUCAAUUACCAAGAUGAUGCUGAGCUAGCUACACGUGCAGUGCCUGAGCUCACUAAACUGCUCAAUGAUGAAGACCAGGUGGUAGUCAGCAAAGCAGCACAGAUUGUCAACCAAUUAACACGCAAGGAGGCGUCCCGCCAUGCGCUGAUGCAGUCGCCUCAGGUGGUGGCCGCGGUGGUGCGAGCCAUGCAAAACACCAAUGACAUGGAGACGGCCAGAGCCACAGCCAGCAUUCUCCACAACCUCUCCCACAAAAGAGAGGGUCUGCUGUCCAUUUUCAAGUCUGGUGGCAUCCCUGCGCUUGUCCGCAUGCUCAGUUCUCCAAUGGAAUCGGUGCUCUUCUAUGCUAUUACGACCCUCCACAACCUGCUUCUGCACCAGGAAGGGGCCAAAAUGGCAGUGCGUUUGGCUGACGGCCUGCAGAGGAUGGUUCCCCUUCUUAAGAAAAGUAACCCUAAGUUUCUGGCCAUUACUACAGACUGUCUCCAGCUGCUGUCUUAUGGCAAUCAAGAAAGCAAGCUCAUCAUCCUUGCCAAUGGGGGUCCCGAGGGUCUUGUUCACAUCAUGAGGAACUACAGCUAUGAGAAGCUGCUGUGGACUACUAGCCGCGUCCUCAAAGUCCUAUCUGUGUGCCCCAGCAACAAACCUGCCAUUGUAGAGGCUGGUGGGAUGCAGGCUCUGGGUAAACACCUGACUGGCAGCAGCCAACGUCUAAUGCAGAACUGCCUGUGGACACUCAGGAACCUGUCUGAUGCUGCCACCAAGCAGGAGGGAAUGGACGGCCUGCUGCAGGUGUUGGUCAACUUGCUGAGCUCGGAUGACAUAAACAUGCUCACCUGCGCCACCGGGAUCUUGUCUAAUCUCACGUGCAACAACGCCUACAAUAAAACGCUGGUCACCCAGAGCAACGGCAUCGAGGCGCUGAUCCACGCCAUACUGCGCGCCGGUGAAAAAGAGGAUGUGACCGAACCUGCUAUUUGCGCUUUGCGUCACCUGACUUCACGCCACCAGCAGGCUGAGGUGGCACAGAACGCAGUGAGGAGACAUUAUGGCAUUCCGGCCAUUGUCAAGCUUCUCAACCAGCCGUACUACUGGCCAGUUAUUAAGGCUGUGGUGGGCCUGAUCCGUAACUUGGCCUUGUCCCCGGAAAACCAGACCCCGCUGAGGGAUGCGGGCGCCAUCCCCCGUCUGGUCAACCUGUUACUCAAAGCCCACCAGGAUGCCCAGAAACACGGCUCAUCCAACCAGCAGACAUACCAGGAUGGCGUGAGGAUGGAAGAGAUAGUGGAGGGCUGUACAGGAGCCCUGCACAUCCUGGCUAGAGAUCCUGUCAACAGAGCAGAGAUCGCCAACCUCCAGACCAUUCCUCUUUUUGUUCAGCUUCUCUAUUCGCCAGUGGACAACGUGAAGCGCGUGGCAGCAGGUGUUCUGUGUGAGCUGGCUAUAGACAAACAAUCGGCUGAGGCCAUCGAUGGCGAGGGAGCGUCUUCCCCCCUCAUGGAGCUGUUGCACUCUGACAAUGAGGGCAUUGCCACUUAUGCUGCCGCGGUCCUCUUCCGUAUAUCUGAAGAUAAGAGCGCCGAGCACAAGAAGAGAGUUUCCAGGGAGCUGACACACUCCAUGUUCAAGCACGACCCUGCCGCCUGGGAGAUGGCCCACAACAGUGUCACCAUGGAAGCACCUUACCAAGAUGAGAUGGACCCUACUUUCCAAAACUUCGGGGGCUACCCGGGUGACAUGCCAAUGGAUGCCGUGGACGGCACCUUGAUGCAUGACGAUUUUGCUGGCAACAUGGUCUACGACAGACAGCAGCAGUUCGAGCCUUAUUAA